UGUGUAUCCAAGAGGCAAGAGGCAACACAACGGUCAGGAUAUGGCAAGACGACAGCAUCCCCAAAAUAGCCGACGAAGCACUGUUAGAGCAGAUACAUCUUUUGUAUGGACAUAGAGCAACUGGCACAAGUAGCAGCAAUCGAGGUCGGCGCACAGUCUAGUUCUCUUCGCUUUUUGCCGCCAUGAGACGAGCAAACGUCAAGGCACAGCAACAUCUCGCUACUAAUGGUAGCAGUAGUAGCAGACUGAAGCCAUUGGGAGUGGAUUCCUCUUCUGGUCUGGAGAAACUGCAGAAAAGGAUCAGUGCUUCAAUGAUUCAGAGGAUCCUUAUCUGUCUCUCUGUUGCCAUACUUGCCAAAUUGGGACUUCGACGUGUGACCACAGUCCCGACUCCUCGUUACCCCUACCAAUCAGCACUGCGACAACAAGAACAAUCAAGCAAGGAUGGGGAUGUUCCAGAACUUAAAUACACCAUUCCACUAGAGUUGGUACAAAAGGGUCAAAUACCCCUUAGUACACGAGAUUACAGCAACGAACUCAUUUCAAUCACUGACAAGAAUGGAAAACAGCAAGAGAGUUACAUUAGUCUGGAAGCCUUUCGAGAAUAUGGAGAUGAAAUACGGCUACUAUUGCAAAUGGGAAGAGAUAACCUGUCCCUGGACAAUAUCAAUGGAGACAACAACAGCCAGCUGGCCUUUCGAAAACGAUUCCAUGCCAGAGCUCCUUGGUUGAGGGGGAAUCCACUCUUAGAUGCUGAAUGGCCAAUGUCUACACUUCCCAAGCCAAUACCCAACUCAAAAGCCAUUAUGAUUUGUGCUGGUGAUCCACAACUGGCUUAUCUCAAGACUCUGGUACACUCCAUAAGAGUGAUUCACAAUUCACAGAUUCCAAUCCGAAUUGUCUUCCAGGAUGAAAAGGAUUUGACACCCAAGUCUAGGCAAGAAAUAUUGGACUCAUUGCCGGAGCAACAACAGAGUGCCCACGACAUACAAUUUGUGGACCUGAGUCAAUGGUUCAAUUUGGAUGCCGCCCAGUUAAAAGCUGGAUGGAACCUAAAACCCUUUGGACUGUUGGCUGUGGCUGAAACACAGAUCAUUUACCUAGAUGUUGAUGUCGUCUUGUUGCAAUCACCUGACACAUUGUGGUCCUUGCAAGGGUAUCAACAAACAGGAGCCAUGUUCUUUCAUGAUCGCAUGUUUCUGAACUUCAAGGGCUAUUAUGACCCUGGGGCCUUGGCCCAAGCAGUGCAACCAGAGCUGUCCAAAACUGCACAAGACAUCAUCCAUUAUGGCAAGACUAGUUACAUAACGGAGCAUGUCAUGGAGUCAGGAUUGACUCUUUUGGAUAAGAGUCAACGAAUGCUGGGAGUCUGGGCAAUUUGCCUGCUUAUGGGACGCAACGAUGUUCGACAAUAUGCGCAAGCCUAUUAUAUCUAUGGGGACAAGGAAAUGUACUGGAUUGGAUUAGAGACAGUUUCUGAACCAUACUCCUUUGCCAAGUACUUCCCUGGCACCUAUGGGAGUGUUAUGACUAACUUCGGUGGAACGGAUGUUGCUCUGUACCCAAAAGAUGAAGAACCCAAAAUGACAAGGGAACUACAGCGUGCACACGAGGAUCAUCGCUUUGCCCUUUGUGGUCGAAUUGUUCACUUUGAUGAUGCUGGGAUACCCUUGUGGUCCAAUGGAGGAUACUUCACCAAAGAAGAGGAUUGGGCCAGUUCUAGCAAGUUGGCUGAUCAGCCUUUGAACCCAAUUUGGUAUACUGAUGGGGGCAUCUGGACGGAGGAAGACUUUCUCCCUAAAGUAGCUGAUGCACCCAAACAGCCAAAUUGGUUGCUUUCUUGGAUUUUGAAGCCAUACAAUCCCAGUGCCUUUGAGACACUGCAACGUGCACAUAACGACUGGGAUGCCGCUUUGACAAAGGCUACUCCUCUCAAUCAGCACUGGCAAACACAUGGAGGUAUGGGAGUCAUGUGUUUACUGCCGAAUGUCAGGGGAGUCCGUGCACUGUCAAAAGAUUUGUCAAGUGCGGCGUUACAGGCUGUCAAGAGGUUCUUCCUGGUGGAUUUGAAAAGCAAAAAGUAUGAAAAAUAUUCUUCUCUUUGGAACUGAAGCAGGACAGCUAGCAGGACUCGGAGCACAAAUAAAUGCAGGCAGGCCUGUGAGCUUCCUCAAAUCGUAGCUACGCAGACCAACCAAAGGGCAAAGCAAGAGGGCAUCAUUGCCACGCCCUUUCAAAAAUUUUGCUUAUGGCAAACACUCUUCCAGUGUCCGUGGUCUAUUGUGGAGGAAAAGGCGCAACUGCGGCGCUGGUGUUCCCUGGGAUAUUUUCUCGGAUUACAACGCCGUUCCAAUUGCUUGGCUUCUGGCAAGGCUAAACGGUGUAGUUCUUCGGUGGCACGAUGCUGGCGGCAACGGUGCGCUCGAAACGACAGCAGACGACGGUCAAUCCUACUUUCCCUGAUGCACCUGGUUGUAGAGGGUGUGUUGCUAUUCCAGCGCAUUGGAGCGCUGUUCGUGACGCAAAACAUCUAACACAGACUUUUGCGAUACGCGCUCCUACUUGGGCGCUAUGGGACGACUGGCUCGGAGCGUUGAGUGCAAGGUUGCUUUUUUAAAAUAAGUUUCGCAUUGGGAGUCCAUCAAACUUGCCUGAAGCACUUUAUCUGCAUGCUAUCCUUUUCAAUCGACGUGAAAGCCUUCGAUCGAUGCAGAAGUUAUGCCAGUUGAUUUUUUGGUGUCGGCAGAGAGCACGAACGAUGUCUGAGACAUGGCGUUUGACGCUGUCAUGCGCUGCGAUCCAUGCGCCAACUUUCCCGAAUCAGCCGGCUAUUGUCGUUGUAUGGGCUACCAGCAUCCACCUUGUUUCAUUUAUUUCUUGACGGUUCACCGUUAACGUGGCAGUUCUUUGAGUAGUUUGCUUUAGCAUGACCAAAUACGGUAGACAAGUUGUUCCUUGCAAAUCCUACACCUUUUGUGGCGUUCUGUAGCUAUAUCUCUAGCUAGGAGUCGCACUUUAGCACCCUGUCUCUCUCAUUCUAGGAUCCCUCUGUCUCCACUACUGCACUUGGUUCGUAGUUCCACAGCGCAUCCACUUCUCCGUUUGCGAAAGCAGCGGUCAG